AAGCCUGCUAGAAAAAACGAAUCAAGAGUUUCUGUCAUACUUUUAGAUCAAGGCUUGUUCACGGUCUACAAGCGACUUUUCGUUAUGUGCUUGGCCCUGAACGUUACUGGCUUGGUUCUUGCAAGCACAGGGCAUUUUCCCUAUGCAAGGAACAGGGCUGCUUUGUUCUCCAUUGGUAACAUACUCGCUUUGACUCUCUGUCGAAGCGAGGCCUUCUUGCGUGUUGUGUUUUGGGUUGCAGUAAAGACUCUUGGGAGGUCAUGGGUCCCUCUCUUCCUCAAAACAGCUACAACUUCUCUUCUACAAAGCCUUGGAGGCAUACACAGUGGUUGUGGCGUGUCUUCAAUUGCAUGGCUGGUGUACGCACUAGUCCUCACUCUUAAAGAUAGAGACAACACUUCAACGUUGAUUAUCGGUGUCUCCUCUUCCAUUCUUGCCCUUCUUUGUCUCACAUCUUUGGCUGCAUUCCCACUUGUUCGGCAUCUCCACCACAAUGUGUUCGAGAGGACACAUCGUUUUGCAGGAUGGAUGGCCUUGUGUCUCCUUUGGGCCUUCAUCAUGCUCACAAUCUCUUAUGACCCUAAAAGCAGAUCCUACUCAAAAGAACUCGGAUCAAGGGUGGUGAAAAGCCAAGAGUUUUGGGUCACGGUGGGCAUCACGGUUCUUAUAAUAAUGCCAUGGUUGACAGUGAGACGUGUGGGUGUGAAAGUGUCAAGUGCUUCUGGGCAUGCUUCGAUGAUAAGGUUUGAGGGAGGAAUAAAGGCUGGGAUACUUGGAAGGAUAAGCCCCUCUCCACUGUCUGAGUGGCAUGCCUUUGGAAUAAUAUCAGAUGGGAAGAAAGAGCACAUGAUGCUGGCUGGUGCAGUUGGUGACUUCACAAAGUCUUUGGUCUCAAACCCACCAACCCAUUUGUGGGUUCGCCAAGUGCACUUCGCUGGCCUCCCUUAUUUGGUGAACAUGUAUGGGAAGGUCUUGUUGGUGGCCACUGGCUCAGGAAUUUGUGUCUUUCUUUCCUUCCUUUUGCAGCCAUGUAAAGCGGAUGUUUACUUACUUUGGGUGGCUAAGGGGAUUGAACAAAACUUCGGUAAGGAAAUUAAAGAAAUGGUAAGUGGGUACCCAAAAGGGAAGGUCAUACUCCAUGAUACUGCUGUGCUGGGUAGGCCAAACGUCUCUCAUUUGAGUGUCUCCGCUGCAAAGAAUUGGGGUGUUGAAGUGGUCAUUGUCACCAGUAAUCCAGAAGGAAGCAGAGAUGUUGUGAAUGCAUGCAAACAUGUUGGAAUUGCAGCCUUCGGUCCCAUAUGGGAUUCCUAG